AUGCAUCGAAUCGGGCACGCAGUCAGAAUGGCGUCCUCAUCGUCAGCCACCAACGCCACUAUUGCCGCCAGACACACCCAAUACAGUCAUGCAAAAACAGGCUGCUUCAAUCAAGAUGCGCCGACACUUCACAAUCCUUACAAAGACGACCCCAUUCUCGAUCGUAUACUUCGACGGUUGCUGUCGGAGUCACAAUAUCUGAGAGUGGCUGAGGAUUUGACAAAGUUCGGAGAUCGAAUCACUUCAGAAAUCGACCAACUGGGAAGACAGGCUGAACUGGAGCAACCAAGACUCGAACAACAAGACGCAUGGGGAAAGAGAAUAGAUAAGCUGAUUGUUUGUAAUGAAUGGACGAAAUUGAAGCAGAUUUGUGCUGAAGAAGGAGUCAUCAGCAUCGGAUAUGAAAAUGACGUGGAUCCAUUCGUCCGUCGCAUUCAUCAAGUUGCCAAACUCUUCCUUUUCUCACCAUCUGCUGGUCUUGUUUCGUGUCCAAUGGCAAUGACUGAUGGAGCUGUGAAAACGUUGACUUCUCUGAAUCUCUACGGAAAACAUGAACUCGCUACUGAAACUGUAGACCGUCUCAGGUCCCGUGAUCCAACAAAGGCGUGGACCAGUGGACAAUGGAUGACUGAGAAAAAAGGAGGUAGCGAUGUAGCUGGUGGUUGUGAUACAUAUGCGGUUCAAAUUGAUAAGGAUACUUACCGCCUGCACGGAUACAAAUGGUUCAGCAGUGCUAUCGAUGCUGACGUCGCUUUGACUUUGGCUAGAGUUGUCGAUUCCGAUGGAAACGCAGUGGAAGGAUCCCGUGGAUUAUCACUGUUCUUGCUCAGAAUCAGGGAUGAUGCUGGGAAUUUGAACGGAAUUCAGAUGGUUCGACUGAAAAACAAGUUAGGAACGAAACAAUUGCCAACUGCUGAGCUACUUCUCGAUGGAGCCAUUGCAGAGAGAAUUGGAGAACAGGGUCGUGGAGUUGCCGGAAUUUCGAAUAUGUUGAACAUUACUCGUAUUCAUAAUGCAGUUGCAUCUCUUGGAUAUAUGAGAAGAAUCAUCUCCCUGGCUAGAGACUACUCAACUAAACGUGUGGUUUUCGGACAAACCCAGUCAAAAUGGCCACUUCACACCUCAACAAUAGCUAAACUUGAAAUCGAAACCCGUGGAUCCAUGCUCCUUCUCUUCGAAUCCGCACGUCUUCUUGGCCUCUCAGAAGCUGGAAAGAGUAGUGACGUGGAAGCGAUGAUGCUCCGACUGAUAACUCCAGUUCUCAAGCUUUACGCCGGAAAACAGGCUGUCCCAUUGGUUUCAGAAGGAAUCGAAUGCUUUGGUGGACAAGGAUACAUGGAAGACACCGGAUUACCAACGAUUCUUCGAGAUGCUCAAGUCACUCCAAUAUGGGAAGGCACCACCAAUGUAUUGUCUUUGGACGUGCUUCGUGUAUUCUCUGGAAAGGAAAACAUCCUGUUGGCAUUUGGAAAACGAGUCGAACAGCUUCUUGCCAACACGAAAUCUGGCGAUUCGAAGCUUCAAAAAUCGAAGGAAGCAGUGGAAGUUGCAUUGAAAGAGCUUCAGAAGCUUCUUGUGAAAGCCAGCGAUUCAAAUAUUCAAGGAGAAACCCGAAUCGACACCGUUGCUCGUCAUAUCGCUUUUGCAAUUGCUCGUAUCUAUUCUGGUGCUCUUCUCAUUGACCACGCAUCUGAUUCCACGGUUGCCGUUCCAUCUGAUACGGAGGUUGCGUAUCGUUAUUGCUGUGAACAACCACUGAUUGAUCUUCGAUGGGAAUGGUUCGUCAACGACAGAGUCAAGGCGGAUAGAGAGAUUGUAUUCGAUAACUACUUGGGACAGAGCAAGAUCUAA